AUGUGUCGUUUAGUUCAAAAGUGUGAGCUGAAGUUUAAAAAGACGGAAAAAAAUCCGGUUGAUUACAGUAAAGGUCGUCUACGAUCUGUUGCUGUUGGGGAUUUCAACAGCGAUACAUGGCUAGAUAUUGUCGUCGCCAAUUCUGAGACUGACAACAUAGAAAUAUAUUUUGGAUAUGGUAAUGGGGCUUUUGAACAUAAAGUGAGACAUUCAACUGGCAUUGGUUCACAGCCAUAUUCGGUCGCAGUUGCUGAUGUUAACAACGAUCAUCAACUAGAUAUCGCCGUGGCAAAUUUCGGGAUCAACAGUAUCGACAUAUUUUUUGGUCUGGGAAAUGGAUCUUUCCCCACUCAAAUAUCGAUUUCCACUGACUCAUCUCGUCCACGUUGGAUCCACUUAGCUGAUUUCAACAAUGACAGCAUAAGUGAUAUUGUCACUGCCAACUAUGGUACCCAGAGUGUCAGUAUAUUGUAUGGAUUUGGAAACGGAAGCUUCUCAAAACCACUUAUGCAUUCGACAGGCUAUGAUUCUCUACCGUCUGCAGUCAUCAGUGGAGAUUUCAACAAUGACAAUCAAACGGAUCUGGCCGUUGCCAAUACUGGAACAAACAAUAUAGGAGUGUUUCUCCGCAACAACAAGGGUACUUUUGGUAAUCAAACCAUAUAUUCAACGGGCAAUGAAUCUCAUCCUUAUUCGAUCGCUGUUGGUGAUUUCAACAGCGAUUCUCACCUAGAUAUUGCUGUCGCUAAUUAUGGUACUAAAAACAUAGGUAUACUCCUUGGCUAUGGCAACGGAACGUUCGCAAAACAAACGACAUACUCGAUAAGUCCAGCUUCUCCAUAUGCCAUCAGUGUUGCUGACUUCAACAACGAUGACCUACUCGACAUAGCCGUCAGUAAUAGAGGCACUAAUAAUACAGGUGUACUUUUUGGUUAUGGCGACGGCACAUUUUUAAACCCAACAAUGUAUUCAAGUGGAUCUUUGUCCUCCAUUUCAGUUGUUAUAUGUGAUGUCAAUGACGACCAUCAACUGGAUAUUAUUCUUGCGAACGAUAAUACGAACAGCAUUGAUGUAUUUCUUAGUUAUUACAAGCUCUUUCAAAACCAAGUAACCUAUGCCACGGGCUACAGCCCGCGCUCUGUAGUUGUUGGUGAUUUCAACAAUGACACUCAAAUGGAUGUCGUUGUUGCUAAUCGUGAUAGUAACAAUAUAGGUGUACUUAUCGGACAUGGGAACGGCAGUUUUACAGAUCAAACAACUUAUUCUACUGGCUCUGAACCACGUUCUGUAGCUGUUGGUGACUUUAACAACGACGCACGACUGGAUAUCGUUGUCGCUAACUCAGGUAACAACAAUGUAGGUUUAUUUCUCGGAUACGGCAAUGGCAGCUUUUCAGACCAAACAACUUAUUCUUCUGGUUCUUUUCCACGGUCUGUAGCUGUGGGUGAUUUCAACAACGACACUCAAAUGGAUGUCGUUGUCGCUAAUGAAAACAGCAACACUGUAAGCUUACUUCUCGGAUAUAGUAAUGGUACCUUUGCAGAUCAAACAACUUAUGCUACUGGCUCUGGUCCAGGAUCUGUAGCUGUUGGUGACUUCAACAACGACACUCGACUGGAUAUCGUCACUGCUAAUUACAAGAGCAACAAUAUAAGUAUCCUUCUGGGACAUGGCAACGGUACGUUUGCAGAUCAGAUAACCUAUUCCACUGGCUCUGAACCACGGUCUGUAGCUGUUGGUGAUUUCAACAACGAUACUCGACUAGAUAUUGUCGUUGCUAAUCGUGUUAGUAACACUAUAGUUGUGCUUUUUGGAUCCGGUAACGGCAGGUUUUCUGAUCAAACAACCUAUUCUACUGGCUCUGAACCAUGGUCGGUAGUAGUUGGUGACUUCAACAACGACGCUCGACUGGAUAUCGUUGUAGCUAAUUCGGGUAGCAACAAUGUAAGUGUACUACUCGGAUAUGACAAUGGGAGUUUUUCAGAUAUAAUGACUUAUUCCACGCAGUCUGGCCCACUGUUUGUAGCUGCUGGUGAUUUCAACAACGACACUCGAAUGGAUAUUAUUGUUGCUAAUACAGGAGACAACAAUGUAGGUGUCAUGCUUCAAGAGAAUAUCGUAGGUUUUGAAAACGCAAAGACGUUUGCAUCUGGUAGUGGUUCCGGCUUGCGGUGUCUUGCUGUUCGUGACGUGAAUAGCGACAAUCACUUGGAUAUGGUGAUUGCCAAUUACGGCAGUAAAACAAUAGGUGUUCUUAUUGGUAACGGGAACGGUACUUUUGCAAAUCAAGUGACGUAUUCAACUGGCUCUCGCCCGAACUCUGUAGCGGUGGAUGAUUUCAAUAAUGAUACUCAUUUGGAUAUUGCUGUAGCCAAUUAUGAUAGUAAAAGUGUAGAUAUGCUUCUUGGAAAUGGCAAGGGGGUAUUUACGGUACAAACCGGUAUCGGAACUCGUUUUCCUUUUGCUCCCUUUGUUCUUGCAGUUGGUGAUUUGAACAAUGAUGGACGAUCAGAAAUUAUAGUUGCCCACGAUGGCAGUGACGUCGUCCAUAUACUUGUUGCAUAUGACGUUGGGUCGUUCAUGAAUCAAAUAACCUAUUCUACCGGCUCUUACCCAAUCUCUGUAGCUGUUGAUGAUUUCAAUAGCGACACUCAAAUGGACAUCGUCGUCGCUAAUUACGAUAGCAGCACUGUAAGUAUAUUUCUCGGAUACGGGAACGGCAGCUUUUCAAAUCAAACUACUUAUGCUACUGGCUCUGGCCCAAUAUCUCUAGCUGUGAGCGAUUUCAACAACGACACUCAAAUGGAUAUCGUCGUUACUAGUUACAAUAGCGACACUGUAAGUAUAUUUCUCGGAUACGGGAACGGCAGCUUUUCAAAUCAAAUGACUUAUGCUACUGGCUCUGGACCAAUAUCUCUAGCUGUGGGCGAUUUCAACAACGACACUCGAAUGGAUCUGGUCGUCACUAAUGAAAACAGCAACACGGUGAGCUUACUUCUGGGACAUGGUAAUGGCAGUUUUGAAAAGCAAGUGAUCUAUUAUACUGACUCUGGCCCAGUAUCUGUAGCUGUGGGCGAUUUCAACAACGACACUCGAAUGGAUAUCGUCGUCACUAAUGAAAACAGCAACACUGUAAGCUUACUUCUCGCAUAUGACAAUGGCAGUUUUGCAGAUCCAACGACUUAUCAUACUGGUUCUUACCCAAUCUCUGUAGCUGUUGGGGAUUUCAACAACGACACUCAAAUGGAUAUCGUCGUCGCUAAUUACGAUAGCAAUACUGUAAGUAUAUUUCUCGGAUACGGGAACGGCAGCUUUUCAAAUCAAACGACUUAUGCUACUGGUUCUGGUCCUGGAUCUGUAGCUGUUGAUGAUUUCAACAAGGAUAGUCGACUGGAUAUUGUAGUUGCUAAUCAGAGGAGCAACAAUGUAGGUUUACUACUCGGAUACGGUAACGGGAGCUUUGCAGAUCAAACGACGUUUUCCACUGGUUCUCAGCCAAUCUUCGUAGUUAGUAAUGAUUUCAACAACGACACCCGACAGGAUAUUGUCGUCGCUAAUUUCUGGAGCAACAAUGUAGGUGUACUUCUUGGAUACGCUAAUGAUGCUUUUCUUGAACAAAUGACACUCGCCACUGGCAGUGAUUCUCAACUGCGAUCAUGUAUCAUUGCGGAUUUCGACAAUGAUGAGCAAAUGGACAUCGCUGUUACUCUUGCAGGGACUGGCAUGAUCAGUAUUUUUCUUGGAUAUGGCAAUAUCUCUUUUGCAGAUCCAAAGAAUUAUUCAACUGGCUCUUCAUCGUCUCCAUACUCUAUCGCUGCUGGAGAUUUGAACAAUGACAGUGUGGUGGACAUCGGCGUCGCUAAUUACGGUACAGAUAGUAUGGGCAUUUUCCUUGGAUAUGGAAAUGGAUCCCUUAUGAAUCAAUCGUUUCUUUCAACUGGCUAUGGUUCUCGUCCAUACUCUGUGACUGUUCAUGAUUUCAAUAACGAUACCGUACUGGAUAUUGUGAUUGCUUAUCAGGGCGCUAACAACAUAGGUCUGUUCCUUGGAUACGGUAGUGGUCAAUUUGCUAAUCAAAGUGUGAUUGUGAUCGGCUAUGGUUCUAUGCCCUUUUCAGUCAUCGCUGGUGAUUUUAACAAUGACAAGAAGCUAGAUCUAAGUGUCGGAAAUAACGAACUGACAGUGUAG